UGACGUGGAGCGCAUAGUUUGUGUGUGAGAUCCUGUGAUGAUGUUCACUGUCUGGGAGAGUCUCAUCCGCUGUGAUCCACUACAAAUCUCCAGCGGGACUCAUCUUCAUUGACGGGGGGUUCCUUUCCAAUGGCAUGCCUUCAGUUUAGGCUUGAGUCAUCUGAUCGCGCGGGUUGUUCGGUGCGGAUGUAGGAUCCAGCACAGGGCCGGUGAUGGUUGCGCAUGAAGCCGGAGAGAGCAACAGAGGAGCGGCUGUGAUUUCUGCGCUCCUUCGCUGAUUCCCCGUGUGUCAACUCAUCUGAGCACACAACACACCCACAACAUAAUCAGCUUCAGCGGGUUUGAAUAAACACCUUCCAGAUGAGCAGCACAAGAUGCCAGCACCUGAACUACUAGACAUGGAGGUGAUGACCCCUCUGAUGGAGGAAGCAGGAGGUGAGGAGGAGGAAGAUGUAGACGUAGAUGAAGACUCCGAGCACCUGCCACAAGGCAUCACGUUUACUCAAACCCUGCUGCAUCUCUUAAAGGGGAAUAUCGGCACAGGGUUGCUUGGGCUUCCUCUAGCAGUGAAGAAUGCUGGGAUAGUGCUCGGUCCAGUUAGUCUGCUUCUGAUGGGUGUUGUGUGCGUUCACUGCAUGCACAUCCUGGUCAACUGCAGUCAUCAGCUCAGUGAGCGGUUGAAGCGUUCCCCCCUCGGUUACAGCGACACGGUUGCAGUUGCCAUGGAGAUGAGUUCCUCCCAGUGCCUGAGGAGAAUUGCUCAUUUUCGGAGGCACUUGGUGAAUUUCUUCCUGGUUUUGACUCAGCUGGGCUUCUGUAGCGUUUAUUUUGUGUUCCUGGCUGAGAACAUUAAACAGGUGAUGGAGGGAACUCAUCUGAACAGCUCUGUGGAGACUGUGCUGUUAUACUCCAACAGCUCAGAGGAGGGUGCCGUCUCCCCCACAGCGUCUUCUGUCGCCGUGGCUACAGGGCUGGACCUGCGGCUCUACAUGGUCUUCCUCCUUCCCUUCAUCAUCGUUCUGACCUUCAUCAGAGACCUGAGGAACAUGGCUGCCCUCUCCGCCAUCGCCAACCUCUGUAUGGCUGUCAGCCUCGUCCUCAUCUUCUCAUAUAUACUCAACGAUGUGAGUGAUCCCAGACGUCUGCCGUACGCCUCCACGUGGAGGAAGUUUGCCUUCUUCUUUGGAACAGCUAUAUUUGCCUUUGAGGGAAUUGGAGUGGUUCUUCCAUUGGAGAAUCAAAUGAGGGAACCGAAGCGAUUCCCUCAAGCCCUCAACAUCGGCAUGGGCGUCAUCAUCGUCCUUUACGUGACCCUGGCGACGCUGGGAUACCUCCGCUUCAGAGACGACAUCAAAGGAAGCAUCACGCUUAACCUUCCACAUGAUUCCUGGCCUGUCAGAAUCGUGGCGUUGAGUUUCAGCACUCAUGUGUUUUUUUUUGCAAAAAUCUCAUUUCUCCCUUCCUUUCUGUCUCCAUCUCUCUCUUUCUUAGGCAUAACAGCAGUCUUGAUACCGCGGUUAGAUCUGGUGAUCUCAUUGGUCGGUGCGGUUAGCAGCUCGGCGCUGGCACUCGUCUUCCCGCCGCUGGUGGAGCUGGUGGCAUUUCCCAGUCAACCUCCUCCUCUCCUGCUCCUCAAAGACCUCUCCAUCGCCGCCCUCGGCUUCAUCGGCUUCCUGACAGGGACCUACGUGACGCUGGAGGAGAUCAUUUAUCCCGACGACCAAGGACAGACCCGUCUCCAUGAUGACAGGAACUGGACCACACCCACUACCUCACCGCCCUGAAGACCACGCCCACAAACGAAGGACCAAUCAAGGCACAGUUCCAUAUUUAAAGGGCACAGUGUCAUUUUGAAUACUGUAACGGCACAGACGCUUUUUUUUUUUUUCUUUUGCUCUGGGAUGGAGAGCUUGUCUUAUAAGGGUUGAGGUGGUUUUUUAUAACUCAAUUUGUUUUUCAUUCCACAGGCACAUGCCCGAGGUGCGUGGCUGUAGUGUGGAUUGUGUGCGUGUGUGAGUGAGUGAUGGUGUGCGUGGGAAAUAUUUCCUCCGUACGGCCUUAUGAACUUUCCAUGACUCCACCCUGUUCUAGAUGGAAUGGCUUGGACUCCAUCAGGUCGGUGGAGCAUAUAGCAUGACGGGCCGUCAGCAUUUAACACUGAAGGAGAGCGCCGGAGAAAUAUUGCACACUGUAAAGAAUGUCCGCUGACUAGACGUAUUAUUAAUAAACCAAUUGUUUCUCCUGA